UCAGCAAGAGAGAGCAGCUAGAGAAGGAGGGGAGGGCGUAUGUCAGCUGGAUCAGCAAGUGAGAGCAGCUAGAGAGGGAGCCACAGCACAGUGAAAGAGUGUGUGUGUGUAUGAGCCUGCCUGCCUGCCUUCCUGCUUGCUUGCCUGACUGACUGACUGUGUGUGUGUGUGUGUGUGUGUGUGUGUGAAAGAAAAAGAGGGAGAGGGAGAGAGAGAGUCAGGGAGCUUGUGGAUACUACUCCACCAGACUGCAUGUCUCUGGCAUCACUAGGGGAGCAGUCCACACAUUACAGAGGUGGACUCCAAUCAAGUUGAAGAAACAUCUCAAGGAUGAUCAAUGAAAACAGGAUGCACCUGAGAUCGAUUGCAAGUCUCAUAGCAACGGGUCUGAAUACUUAUGUAAAUAAGACAGCCUCUACCAGGCCUAGCUGAGAAUCUCUAUCAUGGCGUCCAACAACACAGCAAGCAUCGCCCAGGCCAGGAAACUGGUAGAGCAGCUGAAGAUGGAGGCCAACAUUGACAGGAUAAAGGUGUCCAAAGCAGCAGCAGACUUAAUGUCGUACUGCGAAGCCCAUGCCAAAGAGGACCCACUCCUGUCGCCGGUGCCCGCAUCCGAAAACCCUUUUAGGGAGAAGAAGUUCUUCUGUGCCAUCCUGUAAACGGGGUGUGGUUUAUUUGGUCUGACAGGAAGUCUACUCAUCUUGGGACAUUGAACGAGGACGUUCAAUAUGUAGACAUCUUCUAACAGAAGGGCAUGGAGGAGUAGUACUGUCUCUUUCUCUACAAUGGAAGUUAAAGCAGGCAUUUAAAAAACACAGAGUAAGACGUAACCAUUUACAGCGGUCUGAUCUGACCUGAUCUGAGGGCUGUUGUUGAGGGCUGUGCAGCAUGUUUGAUGGAUCCAUCCGUGUAGUCAGAGGACAACCGAAGAUAGUAUGGUUAUCCACCCAGAAACAUGAUGGACAACCAAUCAACCAAGUCUUCAGGUUGUGUUUAAAAUAAAAAAGAAUGAAGGAAAAAAAUUAAACAAAAAAUAUUUUGUGGUUCUUUUGGAACAUGAAAUCCAAGUGUUACAUUAAAUGAUGGGUUGGGUAGGGUAGGGUAGAUGAGCUGCUUACCACCAGAUACUAACGCCUGUUUAUCGGAAUGUUUUUAUUUUUGCUGUUGUUUAUUUUAUGCAGAUUUUGAUUCUGAGAUGAAUUGGUUUGGCUAUAUCACUUAGACAACUUUCUAUACUGUAUGUGAUUACUGAAACAGCUAUUUUAACUUUCUUUCUUUCUUUUUUUACAUCGUUAGAAUUGGUGAAAGCUGUUGUAAUGGAAAGUUUGGACAUUCAAUUAAGUGAUAUUCUUUACAGACAUGUUUCUUUAAACAACAUAUAUAUCUGGCAAUGUGGUACAGUAUGUGUCUCCUUCAGAUACAAGCUCUCUUUUUACUAUUUGUAUAAAAAUACUAGCAAGUAAACUGUGUUGUGCUGUGCGUUCUGAAUGUUUGUGUUUAUCAUUAAUAAUUGCAUGAAAUUAACUAUUUUUUAAUUUUAUUUUUAAUGUGGGGAUUGUAUGAACGAGGCAGCCUCCAUCUGGCAGUGCCAACUGUAUUAAAAGGAUAACAAUGACUCAAAA